AUGGGCGAGUUCUCCAGCGAGCUCAUCAACCUCGGUCGCAGCGUCUAUCGCCGCGCUGCCUCUGAGCAGUCUGGUAUCUUCGCUGGACUCAACCCCGCGACUGUCAACCAACAGGACCCAUUCGUACUAUGGGUUAUCCAGUCCAUCGUGAUCAUUGGAAUGACAUCGCUCCUCGCCUUCUUCCUCGGCCGCAUCCGCCAGCCGCGAGUUAUCUCGGAGAUUAUUGGGGGCGUCAUCCUGGGCCCGUCUAUUAUGGGUCGCAUCCCCGGCUUCACCAACGCGAUCUUCCCGACAGCUUCUAUUCCCUUCCUCACCCUCACGAGUACUGUUGGCUUGGUCUUCUUCCUGUUUCUCGUGGGCCUCGAGCUCGACGUUCGCCUCAUUAGACGCAACUACAAGGCAUCGUCUACCAUCUCUAUCGCUGGGCUUGCGAUCCCACUUGGACUGGGAGCCGCCCUCGCCAUACCACUCUAUAACGAAUUCAUAGCCCCAAAUAACCCGGACACCAAUCGUGGCUAUUUUAUCCUCUUCGUUGCUGUCGCAGUCGGCAUCACCGCCUUCCCUGUGCUUUGCCGUAUCCUCACUGAGAUCAAGUUACUCGACACGACCGUCGGUGUGGUGACGUUAGCCGCUGGCGUAGGCAACGAUGUCGUCGGUUGGGUACUCCUUGCCCUAGCAGUCGCAUUGGUCAAUGCUUCAACCGGUCUCAACGCGCUUUACGUGCUCUUGACCGGUGUUGGCUUUGUCCUGUUCCUCAUCUUCCCCGUGAAGUGGGGCUAUGCAUACGUUGCUCGCCGCUGGGGUGGCCUCGAUCGUGGAGAGCCGACCACGCUCAUGAUGACCUCGACCCUCAUCAUGGUCAUCUUCUCCGCUUUCUUCACGGACAUUAUCGGCAUUCACCCCAUCUUCGGUGGUUUCCUUGCUGGUUUGGUGAUUCCCAAGACAAACGGUUUCGACAUCGCGCUCGUCGAGAAACUCGAGGACUUCAUUAGCCUUCUCUUCCUGCCUCAGUACUUCAUGCUUUCAGGUCUCAAGACGAACCUCGGCCUACUCGACAAUGGUAUCACUUGGGGUUACAUCUUCCUCAUCUGCACCGUCGCCUUCUUCGCGAAGUUCCUCUCUUGCUCCAUCUCUGCAAGGGCCUGGGGCUUCAACCUGCGCGAGAGUGGCGCCAUCGGCUCUCUCAUGGCUUGCAAGGGUUUGGUGGAGUUGAUCGUCCUGAACGUGGGACUUCAAGCGGGUAUUCUGGACACCCGGACGUUCUCGAUGUUCGUUCUUCACGCCAUCAUCUUAACCUUCAUCACGACUCCGCUCGUGCUUCUUUUCUACCCUGAGCAUCUGCGCGAUCAUGCCAGCAAGGGUGUCGAAGCCGGCGCUGUCGAUGGAAUUGUGGAACUUCCUGCAAGCAGCGGCGAUAACGACGAGUUCAAGUCCAAGUUCUCAUUGAUCCUCGAUCGCGCGGAAGAUCUCCCUGCUGCGAUGACCCUCGCACAGCUCUUCAAGACUGGCUUCGCUAGCAGCUCCACGUCCGUCGACCGCUCGAGCAUCGCCAAGGGUUCUGAAGUCGACGACGGAUCUGUGCCAUCUCCGCUCACCCCGGCGCAUGUUUCCGUGGAAGUCCUCCGUCUCAUCGAGCUGUCAGAGCGUAUGUCGGCUUUGACCAGGGCGCAAUCCAUCGACAUUCUUGCUCGCCAAGAUUCUGUAAUCAACGUCAUCCGCACCUUCGGUCAACUGAACCAGAUCAACGUCAACACAUCGCUCGCCAUCGUCCCCGAGGAGGAGUACCCGACCAAUAUCUCCCAGCACGCCCGCAAUGUUGGGUCCCAGAUGGUUCUCAUCCCGUGGACGCUGCCCGCCGACGAGAGCGUCUCCGACUCUACCGUAUCCUCGGUGGCACCCUUCCAGGGCAUCUUCAGGCAGAACUCCUCCAGCGGCGCUCAUGUCGCGGCGAUUUCGCACGUCUUCCGUCGCGUCUUUGCGUCGGCUACCUCUGAUAUCGCGCUCUUCGUUGACCGCGGUCUCUCCACACAUGUCGACGGCGCGCCACACUUCCUCCUUCCAUUCUUUGGUGGCCCGGACGAUCGGCUUGCGCUCUCGCUCGUCGUCCAGAUGUGCUUGAACCCUGCUGCCACGGCUACGGUCAUCCGCAUGAAUAAGCUGGAUAGCGAGCCGGAGAGCAACAGGGUAUCGACGGAGAAGCAGCAGCUUAGCUAUGGCAACACCGUCGCUUUCCCGGAUACCGUCUACGGCGCACAGACAACGCAGAUGAGGCUGCAGUCUGACACCGCUGACAACAUUGCCUGGGGCAAGUACACGCACGCGGGCAUUCACACGCACCAACUUGCAAGCGCACUUAGCCGCGUUUCCUUCCUUGAGGAGAGCUCCGCCCAACCUCUCCACCAUCUGCUCAACCUCACGGCACAACGCUCCGGAUCCAAGCCGCCAGUAGUCGUCGUCGGUCGCUCGCGCCGCAUGGCUACUGAGACGCACAAACAGGAGCUCCUCAACCUCGCUCAGGAGCACAACGCUGCGGUCUCGUCUGAGCUCCCCAAGACGAUUGGGGAGGUUGGCGCGGCGUUCGUCGCUACCGGCGCGAACGUGUCGCUCAUGGUCGUGCAAGCUGUGUCUACGUCUGCUUAA